AUGGCCCCAGCCACGAUGCCGACGUCAAUAGAUCAACUCCCCUCUACUGAGGAAGUCAAAGAGCAGGUCAAAGAGACCGCCAAGGGCGCCGUCUCCGGUCUCCGGUCUCUCGUUGCUGGCGGAGUAGGUGGUGUGUGUGCUGUCGUAGUCGGGCACCCUUUCGAUUUGGUGAAAGUCCGUCUACAGACCGCUGAGAAGGGAGUCUAUUCAGGCGCCAUCGAUGUUGUGAAGAAGACCGUCGCGCGUGAGGGACUGGCGAGAGGUCUCUAUGCAGGUGUUUCUGCACCCCUCGUGGGUGUGACGCCCAUGUUCGCCGUCAGCUUCUGGGGGUACGACAUGGGGAAAAGGCUCGUGGAUACCUUCACUACGGUACCCGUCAAGAACAAUACGCCUCAAUAUUCCAUCGGGCAAAUCUCAGCUGCAGGGUUCUUUUCAGCUAUACCCAUGACACUCAUCACCGCGCCGUUUGAGCGUGUUAAAAUCCUCCUGCAGAUUCAAGGUCAGAAACACCUCGCGCCGGGAGAGAAACCGAAAUAUUCUGGUGGACUGGACGUCGUGAGACAGCUGUACAAAGAAGGAGGUAUAAGAUCUGUGUUCAGGGGCAGCGCGAUGACUCUUGCCCGCGAUGGACCUGGCUCAGCCGCGUACUUUGCUGUCUAUGAGUACGUUAAACGCAACCUGUCGCCCAAGGAUGCCGAGGGCAACGCGACCGGCGAAUUAAGUCUGACGGCUGUCAUGACUGCAGGGGCUUGUGCAGGUGUGGCUAUGUGGAUUCCUGUAUUCCCUGUCGACACGGUCAAAAGCAGGAUACAGACCGCCGAGGGGAGGCCGACCAUCGGCGGUGUUGUCUCACAGGUGUACAGAAGUGGUGGCAUCAAAGCUUUCUUCCCAGGUUUCGGGCCAGCAUUGGCAAGAGCCAUACCAGCGAAUGCAGCCACUUUUGUUGGGGUCGAACUGGCGCACAAGGCCAUGAAUCAAAUGUUUGGAUAG